AUGAAGGCCAACCAGUGUGCAAAGAGAGAAGAAGACGAAGAACAAGAAUAUAUAUUUCUUUUUUCAUUCAUAAAAAAAUAUUCUAAAUUUUGCUUCAAAAGUCCAUGUUUUUCUCAUUAAUAACAUUCCCAAUUCUCAAUGUUUCUUUGUGUCCAAACAGAACCCAUCUAUCUCCAUUCUAGUAUUAUCUGUUUCUCUUCUUCUUUCCUUCUAUUGACGAAGAAGAAUCUGUCGACCCCGUGUGGCACGCAAUUAUAGUAGAAUUUUCUGUGAAUUUUUUUAUAUCCUACCCAACAAAAACAAAACCUAUAUAAUAUAAUACCCCAAAAAAGAAAAACCCACCCGUCUUUUUCCCUCGAAGCCACCUUUUUCUUCCUUCCAAUACCCAGAAGGCGGUUUUUGGUUUCUCACCUUUACCCUCUGCGGUUUGAUUAGGGCUGUGUUUCGUUUAUUCUCUUCUAUAUUAUUUCAUUUCGUUUCCUGCAUACUCUUUUUUUUUUUUUUAUCCUUUUCUGUCUCCAAAUUUUUGAGGCGGCGUUGGCUAAAGUGAGCCAGGGGUGCGUAGGAUUAGGAGAGGUGGUGGCGGCGGCGGUGGAGGAGGAUUGAUCGUUUGGCGUACACGUGACGGUGAGAGAUGAUGAGUACGGAGGUGGUGACAGGGAGGUGGGGCACAUGGGAGGAAUUGUUGCUGGGUGGGGCCGUGCUCCGGCAUGGUACCCGAGAUUGGAAUUUGGUCGCCGCCGAGCUUCGAGCCCGAACCGUUUGCCCGUAUACUUUCACACCUGAGGCAUGUAAAGCCAAGUAUGAGGACUUGCAACAGCGUUAUUCUGGAUCCAAAGCUAUGUUUGAGGAGUUACGAAAGCAGAGAAUGGCCGAGUUAAGGCGAGCUUUAGAAGUAUCUGAAGACUCAAUUGGGUCACUGGAAUCAAAGCUUGAAAUUCUCAAGGCUGAGAGAAUAAAUGACAAUAAUGUUGGUUUUGACUCCAGUCAGACUGAAUCACUUGUACCAUUUCAGAAAUCUGAUGGAGUUGAAUCUUCCAGUAAAGAGACAUCAAAAGAUGGACUAUCGGCAGGGAGUUUCACUCAGGAAACCAGGACAAAUUGGUCCCGUGAAUGUCAGGUUCCCGCUUCUGUGUCAGUUGAAGAUAUUGAAACUAAGCCAGAAGUUCCAAUGUCUCCUAAACAAGAGAAAGUUUCAAACAUAGUGAAUCUGGCGGAGACCUUUUUUAUGGGACAAGGAGGGAGUAUAAGGAGGAGGAGAGGGAAGAGAAAGAGGAAAGGUUGUAGUAAGGAUGUGAAGGAGGGGAGUGUUGGAGAAAGUGAUUUUUGGGGGUCAACUGAUGUUUUAUCAGCUACACGAUGUAAAGAGAAUUCAACCAGCAGUUCUGGUCAAACUGGCAGAGGUUUUGGUGUUGAUGAUAAAAGCAAGGGUUCAAGCAAGGUUGGACUCACUACUAAUCUCAUGGAAAUUUUUAAUUCCAUUGCAGAGAAUAAAUGUGCCAGUGUCUUUCGUCGACGACUUGAUAGUCAGAAGAGGGGAAGAUACAAGAAAAUGAUUUUGCAGCAUAUGGAUUUUGAUACAUUAAGAUCAAGAAUUGCCAAUCACUCCAUUACAUCAGUUAAAGAAGUCUACAGAGAUCUGCUGCUACUGGCUAACAAUGCCCUAGUUUUUUAUUCCAAGACUACACGUGAAUACAAGUCUGCACUACUACUCAGAGACAUCGUCACGAAAAGUUUGCGACAGCAUUUGAACGAUUAUAUCAGCAAGAUUACUAUUACACUGCUUUCAACCACACCAUCAAUGCUUCAUCCUCCUGUGAAAGCCCGCAGUGCUCGGCCUGUUAAUCGCAAACAGCUCGGAAAGGUGUCCAAAUCUGGGAACAGCAUCGCAAAGACUCCAAAUGCAGUUAAAAAACCAAGUAAUGUUCAUUCUCUUCCUUCAGCAGAGUCUGUAACCAUGGCAAAGAAAGGAUCCGGCCGGCCACGAAAAGCUGGGCGUGGAAGCACUACCCAACCACCUGAAAAUCCACCCAAGGGAAGAAAGAGAACUCGAGCUAGGUGAGUAUGUUUGUAUAUCGUUCUUGUUCUUCUGUUACCAUUGAGCUACGUCACCACGUUUGUAUAUUGUUCUUGUUCUUCUGUCAAUAUUUUGCAACCCUCUACUAGUCGUAGGUUCUCAAUGUAACAAAUAUUGUAGGAUGUUUCCAUGUACAGAAUCGUCACUUUCUGACGAAGCUAACUGUUGUCUAAAUAUCACUGUAACAGUCGCAUCAAUUACCGAUAAUCAACCCUUUUCUUUCUUUUACUA